AUGUCGCUUCCCAAGACCUAUCGAGCGUUUAGACGCACUACAGGCGAUCUUCCGAGGACCAUUGAACCGUCUACUGAAAAGCUACAGCGAGAGCUUGGACCAAAUGAAGUUUUGAUCAAGAUUCACGCCGUCUCUCUCAACUUCCGCGAUGUAGCUAUGCUCAACGGUAUCUAUCCGGUGGAAGUGGAGGAGCGAGGUAUUCCUUGCUCUGACGCUGCCGCUGAGGUCGUCGCAAUUGGAUCUGCGGUCAAGGAUUUCUCUACGGGAGAUCAUGUCUCGGUUAUAUUUGACCUCAACAGUAUCACGGGGUACGACGACGAGCCUCAUUGCGCCCUUGGUGGAGACACUGCUGGUGUCCUUCGUGAGUACGCUGUUUAUCAGGACAAGCAUCUGGUACAGCUACCCAAGCAUCUACCAUGGGAAGAGGCGGCUACCAUCACCUGCGCUGGCGUCACGGCCUGGAAUUCUCUUGACGGCCUGACUACGCUAUCCAAGUUACGCAGCACCCUCCUACAAGGUACGGGAGGUGUCAGCAUGUUUGCCCUGCUAAUCUGUAUCGCUGCGGGCGUUCAACCAAUUAUUACAUCUUCGUCCGACGAGAAGCUUGAAGCCAUCAAGAAACUUGGCUCUCAGGUCCGUGGUAUCAACUACAAAAUCACCCAGGACCAAGCAUCGGAAGUAAAGCGCCUAACAGACGGUCGGGGCGUUGAUUUCGUCAUCAACAACACUGGCCCAGCGUCUAUUCCCACGGAUAUAAGCUUCUUGCGUCAGCGAGGGGGCAUGGUAUCCCUGGUUGGAUUUCUAGAUGGUGUUGGUGGUGAUUGGCAGCCUGCUGCUAUUAUGGCACUGAUGGGGAAGUCUGCGAGAAUCAAGGGAAUCGCCACCGGCUCCAAGGAGGAUUAUCUGAGUCUGAAUAAGUUCCUAGAGGAGAAGAAGGUUUCCCUUGCUCCGCUUGUGGACCGUGUUUUCUCGUUUGAAGAGUCGCCAGCAGCUUUUGACUAUCUCUACUCUGGCAAGCAUGUAGGAAAGGUUGUCAUCAAAAUCUAG